GAAAAGAUUUGAGAAAGAUGAAAAGUUCAGUAUUUAUCUCACUUAUUGCUCUCUUGGCCUUGGUUUCCUCCUUUGCUUCUGCCGAUGACCCCAGCCCUCUCCAAGAUUUCUGCGUGGGUGUGAAUGAUACCAAAUUUGGAGUAUUUGUGAAUGGGAGAUUCUGCAAAGAUCCCAAGUUUGUGGAAGCGGAAGACUUCUUCUUCCACAUAAUGGAAGGCAACACAUCAAACCCCUUGGGCUUCCAAGUAACUCAAGUGUCUGUAGAUAGAUUCCCAGGACUCAACACUCUGGGCAUCUCCCUUGCUCGUAUCGAUUAUGCUCCCAAUGGUUUGAAUCCUCCUCACACUCACCCUCGUGCCACUGAGGUGUUGACUGUCCUCGAAGGGACUCUUCUGGUUGGAUUUGUGGCUUCCAAUCAAAAUGAUAACCGUUUCUUCACCAAAGUACUCAACAAAGGAGAUGUGUUUAUAUUUCCCUCCUCUAUGAUUCACUUUCAGCUCAACAUCGGCCGUGGCAAUGCCGUUGCCCUUUCUAGUCUCAGUAGCCAAAAUCCAGGAGUUAUUACUGUUGCAAAGGCUGUGUUUGGAUCCAAACCUCCCAUCCCUAUUGAGGUUCUUUCUAAGGCCUUCCGAGUUAACAAGGGCAUAAUUGCCUUACUUCAAAAGCAACAAAAGUAAAACAAUAACUAAA